UCUCGUCUCGACCAUUCAGUGACUUUGGCACAUAAUAUAUAUCAGGAUAAGGAAAUAAGCAAAACGGCAAGAACAGAAGCAGAAGCAGAAGCACUCCAAUAUGGCUGCUGCAAUGGCAAUACAAUUGCCUCCUGGAUUUAGUGGUAUUAGCAGAGGAAGGGACACCAACAUUCGCAUGCCGCAGAAAUUCUCGCUCAUUCCCAAGUUUACAGGGUUGGACAUACGGUGUGCUCGUAUUGGAGGAGUGGAAAUCCCCAACAACAAAAGAAUAGAGUAUUCUCUGCAAUAUAUUCAUGGUAUAGGGCGUACCACAGCCAGGCAGGUACUGCAUGACUUGGGUAUGGAGAACAAGGUCACUCGUGACCUCGCUGAGGAAGAGCUUACUAAAAUUCGAGGCGAGGUCAACAAGUACAUGAUUGAAGGAGACCUGCGCCGAUUCAACAGUCUUGCCAUCAGGAGGUUAAUUGAAAUUCGAUGCUAUAGAGGACGGCGGCAUCAAGCAGGUUUGCCUUGCAGAGGGCAACGAACUAAAAACAAUUGCCGGACAUUAAAAGGAAAGAGGUUUGCGGUAGCAGGAAAGAAAAAGGCUCCGGGCCCCAAAUAAGCCUUGAUGUUUUACCACCUAUGGUGGAGUUUGUAAAUUUGAAAUUUCCCCGAGUUUAUUCCAAAGAUCAAAUCAGAAAAUUCUAUGUUUUAGCAAUCUCAUUUAGAUAUCAUUGCUUAUAAGUUAAACACGCAAAUUUUUGUAUGAAGUUGGAAACAUAGCCUUCUGGUUCGUUCUUAAUGUCACCCAGUAAUAGAGCAGAGUUAUGAGUUGUAAUA